AUGCAGGCGAAGCAGGUGCUGAAGUACCACCGCGUAGGAAGCUACUGCACGGGGAGUCAUUUCCCCGCCGAAAUCCUCCGAUCGGCUCUUUCCUACAAACACCAACCGGGCGACGUGUUCAUCGUUACAUACCCGAAAUCCGGCACCACCUGGAUGCAGUGCAUCCUCUACCAGAUCUACACCAAUGCUGCGCCCAUAACCUCCAUCAAGGACUUCGCAGAGCAGCUGCCUUUUCUGGAACGAACAGGUGCAGAGGGCCUAUACGAUUUGCCGCGGCCAGGCAGCGCAAUCAAGACCCAUAUGUUAUACGACCAGGACCGCGUCUCCCAGAGGGCCAAAUACAUCUACAUCGCCCGAAACCCGUACGACGUUUGCGUGUCCUUCUUCAACCACUACAAGCACCUUCCCGUCUACCACUUCGAAGACGGUACGUUUGAGCAGUUCUUUGAGAUGUUCAUGCGCGGCGAUGUCGACUUCGGGGACUACUUUGACCACCUGCUCUCCUGGUACGAACAUCGUGACGACCCUAACGUCUUCUUUGUGACCUACGAAGACCUGAAGCAGGACACUCGUUUUUGGGUGCAGAAGGUUGCCGACUUUGUCGGGCAUCAGUUCGGCGAUAAGCUGCGGCGGAAUCCGCAUGUCAUGGACAGGAUUCUGGAUGCGACCAGCCUCGCUAACGUCCGGGAGUUGGUCCGGCUCGAGAAGGAUUACCAGCGCAAGGUCAUCAUGGAGACACCCAAGGAUCGCAUGCCAAGGUGGGCAGCUCUUUACCUGGACAUGGGCGGAGGUCUGCUGAAAAAGCCAGCGGCUGGGCAAUUCGUGCGGAAAGGCAUCGUCGGUGACUGGAAGAACUAUUUCACGGACGCGCAGUUUCAAAGGUUGAAGCGAAAGUUCAGGGAGAGAUGCUACGGGACGGACGCCAUGAAGCUCUGGAAGAACUUAGAUCUGUGCUGAAAUUGAUAUGUCCUCUUUCUCUCAUUUUUUUCUUUGACUUUUACUGAUUGAAUUACCUAUUCGCCAGGUUUUUGCACGCUCUAAUACGGUGUACAAGGUGCCGGUCAAAAACACCAAUAUCAAUAUUUUCUCGUUCUCGCAGGUAUGGCGUUAAUGAUAGAAACAACAUAAAAGACGCCGAUGACUUUUUCUUCUUUUCUUUUUCUUUGUAUGAUG